AUGUUUGGAAGGCUAACAGUUCUUACUAUUGCUGCGCUCUACUUAUCGUUCACGGAAGCAGUCUCAAUCUGCAAUGCGGAUAGCUGCCUUCGUCAGAUUAAAGGUACCGCGCCAGCUUGGCCGUAUUGUAGCCGUUACUUGACUACGACUCGCCCAGUGAUUACACCAGUGCCAGCGACAAUAACCGUUACUGCCACUCGGACUGUAUUCGCCGUUUUCUCACCAAGUGGUAAACCUGUCGAGUAUAUCACACGCAAGGGAGCACCCUAUAUCGCCCCAAAUAAGAAAAAGCGAGAAGUUCCAGAAAUCGAAGCUAGGGGCCCUAGUCCCAUGACCGGCGUUCCACUUGCUCCUCGUCAAGCGUUACCAACUUGGGCGUCGUCUUGCACUGGCGACCCAGGUCGUCUAUCGAGUGCAUGUACCUGCUUGCUUGGGUACACGGCCGAAAGAUCCACCAGCACCCGAACUGUAACUCAGAAAACGGCAACGGCAACAGUCAGUGUCUGUCAGGCUACUGACCCAUACUUUUUACGCCCUGACUAUCGUGGGGAUUGGGUCGAUCGCUUUGCUGUCCUUCAGCACUUUGGAUUCCCCACCACUGACAUCCAAGAAUGCUGUAAUAUUUGUUUCCAUACGUGGAAUUGUAUAGGAUAUUACGUUCGCAGGGAGGAUGAUGAGAUAAGUCCCGGGCAGUGUGGGAUCAUCCGCGUGGAAAGUAGUAGUAACCCGGAACCGAAUGAUAGGCAAUGCUCAAACGGGUUGAUGGAGGUAUACGACCCGUAUAAUGGAGACUUCCCGGGUCCGUGGGAGCUGGGAUUAUGUGCUUAUUUAGUUUAUUCAGACGAGUGA